AUGAAAGAAGUGCCAUUGAAUGCGGCAGAAGUCGGCGAGGCUCACGGAGGCAGCCCUCCGCACGAAGGCAGCGCUCCUGCAGGUUCCGCGAACGAAGGCGAAGUGAUACGUAGUGGAGAUGUUAUGCUUAAGGAGGAGGGAGGCAAUAACUUGACGAUAGAGGGCCGAAAUCCAGGUGAAAAUGCGUUCGCCUUAAUUGAAAGGAAAUCCCUUGAUCGAAAAGGACGGAAGUCAUCCAUUUUCUUGAAACUGCUGCCGUUGCUGUUGUUGGGUUUAGUUUUAAUCGCAAAAAGGAAAAUAAUCUUCGGAGCGAUUAUGUAUCUCACUUCCUCCGGUGACGACGAUGAUACACUGGCUAGACGACGAGUGCUGCCUGCUGUGACAAUGAAGGGUCUUCUGCAAUCUGAAGAGCAGUUUAAAGCAGCUGCUUCCGAUUUUCAAGCCGCAUGGCAGGCGUCCUCUCCAAUUGUGAAGAAGGCCUUUACAAAGUAUUUCGUACCUUCAAAUAAGGACGAUGAAGAGCCUACUGUUGACCCACUGGCGCUGUACAAUAGGCACAUAAAUGGCAUGCUGGGAGCUCCGCGACCCGAUGCCACUGACGUCAACGCUCUUCAGGAUCAUAACUUGAAUCUGCUUUUGUUGCGGGGAGUUUGCGGUGCCGCAGCGGAAAUUCUGAAGAAGCUAAGAAAUCUGGAAGUGCUGCACGCAGAGACGGGUGUUCCGGUGCCCGUGCUGGGUCUUGGGGAACCAAUAUGCUUGCCACCGUUGGAGGAGCUCAUGGAGCAAGAGACCGACGGAGUAACCGCCCCCGAGUUUUCCCGUCAAUUUGGCAUAGUGGUUAAGGCUAAAGGCGAAACAAGUCGGGUGCCUAAACUGUUGGCAGAUAGUCUGCGUGAUUUGUUGUACGAAGGCCAAACUCUCGCGUCCAUCUACGACGUACGGCAAAAAUUUGAACCUUUCUUGACAUUUCAAGGGCUUGGUAAUGGACGAUUGCCAGAUAGGGAGUACCCGAAAAUGCGUAUCCGUUAUUCUGGAGAGCAGUUUGACGUAGCCGGAUUUUUCCUUCAUGCUUUUUUGGACGUAGAGGGUCGAAGUGCUGUAGAACAGCUUUCUAGGUUCAUUCAAACCACGGUCAUACGGCAGUGGUGCACAAAACGAGCCAUUGCUUUUGUGAUGGAGCAACAAUCGAAUGCCACUCACUCCUUGAAACGUGAACUUGACCGCAAGAGAGCCUACAUGCGAGGCAUUACCAACUCUGGAGAAGAAACCAUGGAUCCUGAGAGUCUUCAAGCAAUCGCGAGGUUCGUUCUGUAG